AUGCAUCGAGGUAACUUUCAGCAACUUUUACUUCGUCAUGUACGCGAUGAAGUGGGUGAAACAUCGAUUCGUCUUGAUCAGAAAUUAGUCACGUUUCAAUCGCAUUCAGACCAUGUGGAAGUUGAUUUUGUCAAUCCAUCUACGGGUGAUCGAAAUAUCGAGCUGGCUAAAGUACUCAUAGGUGCUGACGGAAUUAAUUCGACUGUGCGCAAGAUUCUAUAUCCCGACGAGGAUCGUCCUCUCUGGCGAGGUCUCACUGUAUGGCGCGGUGUAACACCAACGGAAAAACUUUUCUUGGACGGACGAACCAAGAUUUUAAUGGGAAAUCCAAACGAACUUGAACUGGUCGUGUAUCCUGUGAGCAGCAAUCUUAUUAAUUGGGCUUGUCUCGCUCGAACUGAAGAUCCAGACGUCCAAACUUCGCCAGUGACAGUUGAAUGGAACAAUAUCGGUCGUGUUGAAGAUCUUCUUCCUUUAAUAUCGAACAUGAAACUCGCCUUUCUCGAUAUUAAUCAUCUCAUCCAAUCUUCAAUGAUUAUCAAUAAAUUUCCGUUGACCGAUCGUGAUCCUCUUCCUCGAUGGACACACAAUCGUGUGACUUUACUUGGUGAUGCUGCCCAUCCGAUGUAUCCAAAUGGAAGUAAUGGAGCCUCUCAAGCUAUUCUAGAUGCUCGUGGACUUGUUCUUUGCUUUCGUCAACAUGGUGUCACUCCUCAAGGUCUUCAAGCGUACGAUGAUCUCCGACGUCCAGUUGCAAAUACUGUCGUUCUAGCAGCUCGGCAAUAUGGCAUUGAAGAACUUCUAAAAAUUGUCGAUGAGCGUGCUCCAUGUGGAUUUCAACAAUUGUCGGAUGUCAUUCCAUCAGCAGAAUUCGAAGUCAUGAUGUCAAACUUCAAAAAGGUGGCUGGAUUGAACGUGCAACAAAUUAACCAAGAGCCACCUCUCUUUUAG